AUGUCUCUUCUUCACAACGAAGACUUCACGAUCUGGCAAUUGCGUUCCUCGUAUCUCUCGACAAUCAAAGAUGGAAUUGGCGACAGACUGAUUAGCGUCAACGACUCCGUUCUGAAUACACCUGGCUUCCGCGCCGCGGGCUGGUCAACCGCUUCCGCGUUUCCCAAUACACACAGCUCCUCCCACUUGAAGCGCACCUACUCCCCUCCGAUCCCAACAACUGCAAACGUCUCCUCGGAAUAUUAUAGACUAGCGGAACGGAAUGCGAAGCCACAUCGCCAUGAUUUGCAAGGGCUCGGGUUGGAGGACGGCGAAGACGACGGAGGCAUGGUGACCGGCAAGAGCCAUACGGACAUGACUGCACGGCGGAACCAUGCGCGCAUCGGGAAGAAGAAGACUCGACGAGAACGGCGACAAGAGAGACAAGCGGAAGCAGAGGACGAUGACAGCAGUGAUCUGAGUGAUGAUAGCGACGAAGACGGAGAUACUAUUGGCAGCGCUAUGGAUCAGAUUAAAUUUGACAAGAUGCCUAUCCGCCGAGAUCGAGAUGACUCAUCUCCAAGACGUUCUGAAGACCAGCGCGAGCGGCCAGAAGUGAUGGUCACUUCUGCGUCCACACACAAUGUUGCAAAUCAAUACAACCAAAUGCCACUACGCCCUCGUCGAGAUACCACCACUAGCAGUGAUCUAUCGACGGACAACGAAACCGACCACCGAGGCUAUAAGCCAGGGCAAGUUCAAUUCUCCAGGAGUGAUCAGAUUGUCGAAACUGCACGUAGGCGGCGUGAACGAACUGGCAGUCGGGGCGCAGAGAGUCUGGCCCUCGGAGAACUUCACGAGGAGGAUGAGGAUGAAGAUUCCGGCGCCGAAUCAGUUGGAUCUGCGAUAUCAUCUGAUUUCGAUAACACGGCUGGAUCUGGCUCCUUAUUGCUGGCGGGCGUGGCGGGCGGUUUGAAUUUGUCCUCGCCAAUGACAAUGAUGAACAAGUUGCCCUCGGGCACAGGACCGCAGAAUAGUUCACCGCGCAAGCAUCGAACACCGGCUCCUGCAUUGCAAGAUCUUCCUCCUCCACGGCCUAUUAGCAUGGUACAACCCGUCAGUUUAUUGACCAGCCAGCUAACAUCCCGGAAACGUGCACCAAGCAAUCCGUUGGAUAAGUUUGUGGUACUUUCUGGGCGAGGUCAAGACGAUCCAUUGCAUUUGAAGAUCUACCUUCCCUUCUCAAGUGACCCUGAAGAACCGCUGGAUUUGCCACUCACACGCGAGUCUAAGCUUGCAGAACAACCUGCACAAGUCACAGUUGCUGAAACGAUUGGUCUUGCUCUGUGGAAGUACGCGGCAGAUUCCCGCGGUCCAGCAAUUGGGCGCGAAAAGCUAAUGGUGAACCGAUGGACGCUGCGCAUGGUUGACGAUGGUGAAGUCGAGUAUGACUUCCCAGCGCUGGGACGCACACUUCCCAUGACGGAUUUCACUUCAAACAAUAACCAAUCGGCCAAAUCCCGAGGUCGUUCAAGGGGCAAGGCGUAUGACGAAUUCGCGCUGGUCGAAGCAUCGAAAUCAGAGUUUGAGGAGAACGAACGACUGUAUCCACAAUUCAGUUCCAGCGUUGGGUCAGAAGAGGCUGAUCAACCUGCAAAUCUCGCAGCAUCGGGAGCUCAAUCUGUACAGCAAAAGACCCUCGUUACACCCACCCGGUCCAACCCAAUCCUGGGUCAGCCAUUUUCAUCUGCACUCAAUCACAGCACGCUUACUCCUGCGGACCGGCCUGCAGUACCUAUCUCGCAUGCUACACCUCGCCUUGGUGUUUCUAAGACAUUGAAGAUCCGUUUCGUAAAUACGGAAGCUUCUGCGCAUGUCAUGACCAUCAACACAUCUACUGACAGUUAUAUAGCCGAGAUCCUGGACACUGUAUGUAAACGAUGGGGUCAGGAUAAAGGCAACUAUCUCUUGAAGGUGAUGGGCUCGAACACAAUUGCUCCACUUGACCGCACAGUGGAGGCACUAGGCAGCAUCACGGAUCUUGAUCUGGUGCGUCGUCGCUUCGGUGGCGGCCCUCUCGCACUAGGAACCUCGCCAGGCAGCUCAUCACCAAAUGCACCGUUGAUGGUGGACACUGCCGACGCGACAACGUCCAAGAAAGGCAAAAAGGAGUCCAAGAAGGGCGCUCAGCGCAUGCUACCUUCUUCUUCUCAGAAACAAGACCACCUCGGCGGGUAUUACCGCCGCUACCAUGUAUUCCGCAAACAACCCAUGUCAUUCACGGCAUCCAACCAUCGAAUCCUCACUUUUGAAAACGAUUACAUGCACAUCGUCCCCGGGGAUACAGGCAAAGCAGUGUCCGGUGGCAAGACACGGUCAAUCAGCUUCAGUGAUGUGAUUGGGUCCAAGGUCAGCCGUCGGCAUCCCAAGAGCUUCCGGGUGAUGAUUGUGCGUGGCAAUGAUGCCACGGAGCAGAAGCGCUACGACUUCGAGGCAAGGAAUACCAACGAGGCAGUGGAGAUUGUGGAUGAAAUUAAGAAGAACAUGGCACAUUAUCGCAUUUGA